AGUAGUAUUGCUUAGAGAAAAAAUAAAUCAGCAACAUAAAUCUUUUUACCUAUACACGCCUGAGAGGCGAGAGCAGCAAGAGCUGGUGUCCCAACAAGUCCCAUUUUGCCCUAAUAUUCGCAAACCCAUCUUCGAGUGUCUUAAAGUCUAAACAUCAUCCAAGUCAUACAUACACUGCAUACCUUAGGUUCUGGCGACAAUGGCGUUGAGGCUAGCGAUGCUAAAUAGCAGCAAGGGCAGUAAGGGAUAUGGCUCAUUUAGUAUUAGUAGGUUGACGCAUUCGAUUGCAAUGCCAUCACCUACCGAUGUCCUGUUAAGCCCUACAACCAAAUCACCACAGUGUGUUUUACCAGAAUCGGACCAAAUUUCUAGUUCUGAAAGUAAUGGUGCUGGACUUGGCUUCCCUUGCUCACCAUUCAGUGGAGGAUCCAUGGAGCUCAUGGCCGUGCCAAGAAAGAAGGUUUCUCGACACAAAAGAGGCAUAAGAAAUGGACCAAAGGCAUUAAAACCUAUUCCCGUCAUCAUCCGUUGCAAGGCCUGUGGUCGAGUGAAACUGCCACAUUUCUUCUGUUGCAGCGGGGAAAGGGGAAAUCCUGGUGCACAGAAUGGUACAACCAACUGAUUCAAGCUCAUCAAUGUGGUACUGGACAGUUGAUGGACCAAAAAUGCAGCGGAGUAAGAGUUUCUUGUUGAACAUUACAAGGCUAUUCCAGGAUUGAGUUAACUUUCCAAGUUUCUAUCCUAUGGUAUACUGAACCAUGACUGACAGACUACAGGUGUAAUGGUCACAGAUUUCUAUUAUUAAACUUUGUAAGAUUUUUGUUGCCUUUUCUUGUAGUGUUUUUCUCCAUGAGGUUAGUCUCCUGGAGUCACUCUUGCUCGGUCAGUAUUUUCCACACAAAGAUACUGGAAUAAUGAGUGACUAUAAAUUAAUAGUAGCUCAUGGAUAGAUGGUGAAUGUGGUUUUGCUGAAUUCAGGGUAAUUUCUCCGGAGGGUCCCCUCUAA